CUGAGCGACCAGUGUGGAGAGCCCUUCCCGGGCCGCCCGCGUGGGGUUGUUUCUCCUUAGCCUCGCGCUACCACCGCCUCCUCUCGUCAUCCCCAGUGGCUGGGCGAGCUGGGGAUGAUGGCAGUUGGAGUUUUCGGGCGUGAGGUCGGGCCAGGCGCAAAAAAAAAAAAAGAAACGCGCGGACCGCUUUGCUCUGCCCCGCCGGGUCUACCCUGGAACCGCCGGGCGGGUGGGGGAAGGGAGAGUGGAGCGAGUUUCGCCGCCUUUGAUGCUCGAGGUUCUGAGGGAAGAACCGCAGACGGCUUGCAAUUCGCGGUUUCCCGAGCAGAGAGACUUCUCGGUCCGAAGCCCCGACUUCCUCUUGAGGCGGCCGGAUUGAGGGGUUCCUCCCCUGGCCGAACUAAAAGCCCGUCCCCAUUCAAUGACAAAAUCGUCCGGGGUUAAUCAAGCUGUCUAAACUGAGUCAAAACUCAAAAGAGAAGCCCGCCACCGGUUUUAUGUAGAUCCAUAACAGAAAUUAAAACUGAACAAAACUAGGAUUACUGUAUGUUAACAGCCUGGUAUCUCUGGGCUGCAUUCCAAUUUUAAUACAUUAUUAGAGCAGGAGCCAGGUUCGGUGAAAUCUGAUUUAUGGUACAGAAUAUCCAUUACACCAUGUUAGAUAACAGACUCUGGUGGUUGGAGUGGAUGUAGGAUAAAUAAAUUUAAACGACCUGUUGGAAUAGCCAAGAUCAAAGUGUGGCGUACCAAGAAUUGGUAUUCUUUGUAAAUGACAAAUUAUGACAAGGCUGCCUUGAUUUCUGUACAAUAAAAAUAAAUACAUUGCAAUAAAAAACAAUUGCAUUCCAUGCCCCUCUCUUUUUUAUGGCAAUGCUAAUGUAGCACAAUGAUGGCUUUGGGACUGCAUUUCUAGAAAACAAUGCUUUUCCAAAUUAAAAAAAAAAAAAUCACAGCUGAAAUGCUCCUUAAAUGUCCCUCUUCUAUCACCCAUGACUAUCUAUUCAGUGUUAAGGGGUUGGGGUUUUUUUUGGCUUUUUAAAAUAAGGACAAAAUUGAUGACCUAGCACCAUUAUUGGAAGGAUACCAUUGUUGAUUGGACAACUCUGUUUCAUAUGAAGAAAACUGCUAAACUUUAUUUAUUUACAAAAAAUAAAUAAAGAUGCAAAUAGUGUUCUUGCUUGCUCCAACUUUUGUUUUCCCAUAACAAUAAGCAGCUAAGACAUUCUGAGCCUUCUUAUUAUAGCCUGCCAAUAUUUAUGGCAUUACGUCCAUUAAUCUAAAAUAAUGCGUGUGAUUUGACUAAGCAUAAACAGUACUGAAUUAGGAAAGCUAUGAUACUGUUUCUGCUUUUGUAGAAGUAAAUGCCAUUAACAUCCAGGAGAAUUUAUCUGAGGCAAAUACAUAGCAUUGGCUCUAUAAAAUAGCUCUAGCUGAUAACCAUUGAACUGAUGAGCAGUCUCUCGUUCAAUUUAUCCUGAAUUCAGACAUAUCUUUAAAGAACUAUUUUCCAACAUGGGUCAGAGAUUAAUCUCCAAUUGAGUCAUUUCAAUCUUGCCUUUAAGAGACACAAUAAAAUUCAUUUUCACAUACUGAAUAAUUUUUAAAAUUCAUUGUUAUUAUUUAAUAGAAUGACAACUAAUAGGGGUUUAAAACAAUUCUAGGAAGAUUAUUAGAAAAGUCAUUAGAGUUAUAUCUAACCUUCAGAUUCAAUACUACCACAGUAUUUCUCUGGGUAUCCUCUGAUGCAAAAUGAGAGGAGGAAGUGGCAUUACGUUUGUCUACUCGUAAUUAGUUUUCUACAACCAGCAGGAGGGGCUGGUUGGUAGUGUGAAGUUGAAUUUGUUGGACUGAUCAUCUGAUCCAGCAGUAACAAUGGCCUGUGAUUUUGAAUCUGAAAACAAGGAAACCACACACUUUCACUUAUGAAAUGGGGUUGUGUGUUAAAGUUCUUAUUUCCAAAGAAUCAUGUGUAUGACUAGUCUUACUGGAAAUUCCAUAAAUCCUUGCUUCCCCAGCUAAUCUCCUGAUUUGGGAGCAACCAAUAGUCAAAAUUGCAUUUGGGGGUCCUUUUGGAGUGGGUUUGGUUCUGGUAUUGUUCUGCUGGCAAAGAAACAAAGAGAAAGCGAAAGCAACUCCCACAGUCCUGAAUCACUUAAAAGCAGCAAAUGCCUCCCACCAAGAUCCAAGUCACCAUUACAUAUUUUUCAAGCCCUCUAUAGAUACCACAUCAAUCAUUGGAAAGAGGCUUUCCAGCUUUCUCUGCAUGUUGAGUGAUACUGUUCAGUGCUUCAGUCUAAUUGCUUGUUUUUUUUAAAAAAAGCAAAUCAGCUAGGUACUACUGUAGGUACAGUCUAAGCCAAUUGUAUAUGGGAUUGUAGCCUUCACUUUCUAAUGAAAAUAUCCUCUUUUGUUUUCUGAUGGCUCAUGCUUCUGCUGUAGCAGGUAUAGCCCAGAAUAGAGAAAAAAAAGGGAAUGCCUGUGCAUCUUUAAUUGCUGUCACAAUAACCUCUUAAACCUUGCAAAAAAGCUAACAAGGCCAAGCCACUUUUGAGUUCCCAAGGCUAUACUGGUAUAUAGGUUGGUCAAUUAUUCUGAGAGCAAUUGUAGAUUAUGAGAAGUUAAGACAAUUAAGAGAAGCCCCAGAGGUGUUGAGGAUGUUUCUAUCAUGUAUGUGGUCCCUUUUGUCCUACUAUUAUAGAAUAUGAUAAUUGUGUGCAAUUAGAGAUCACAGUUCUGCUCAACUCCCAAAUCAAGGUUGCUUCGGUUGUUUAUUGUCCACUACAGCAUACUUGUCACCCAGUCGCUCAGACUUCAUGUGAACAAAUGGCAAAUGCUGAAGUAAGCAUUCCUGUAGGAGAUGUGGUUGUUGUGCCAACUGAAGGAACAGAGGGGGGAAACCCAGAAGAUACUAAAACCCAAGUUAUAUUACAACUACAGCCAGUGCAACAAGGGAUUUAUCAAGAGACCUCUGAAACUAAUGCGGCUGUGAUGGCUGUAGAAACGCAUACCAUACACAAACUUGAAGAUGGCAUCGAUGCCAGUGCCCUUGAAAGCAAUGAGGAAAUUGAGAUUGCCUACCCCAUUACCUGUGGAGAUAGCAAGGCCAUGUUGCUCUGGAAAAAGUUCGUGUGUCCAGGAAUCAAUGUCAAAUGUGUUAAGUUCAAUGACCAGCUUAUCAGUCCCAAGCACUUUGUUCACCUGGCUGGCAAGUCCACCCUGAAGGACUGGAAGCGAGCCAUCCGCCUAGGAGGAAUCAUGUUGAGAAAGAUGAUGGACUCUGGACAAAUUGACUUCUAUCAGCAUGACAAAGUGUGCACCAACACAUGCCGAAGCACCAAGUUUGACCUCCUCUUCAGCAGUGCCAGGGCCCCAGUACCAGGGCAACCAAGCCUGGUACAGACUCCCACUUCUGCUGAUGGAAGCAUCACACAAAUUGCAGUAUCUGAGGAAAGUGUAGAAGAAGGGAUUGAAUGGAAUUCUGCUAUGACAGCAGCGGUCACUAUGGCAACCGAUGAGGGAAUCAAGAAAGAUCCAGAGGAGAUUUCAGAGGACAUGCUGAUGUUCUGGAAAGGCAUCGCGGAUGUGGGCUUAAUGGAAGAAGUGGUGUGUAAUAUUCAGAAGGAGAUAGAGGAGGUGCUAAGAGGGGUGCAGCAAAGGCUUGCCCAGUCCCCUUUCCAGAUUACCGAUGCUGCUGUUUUAAAUAAUGUUGCUCAUACUUUUGGUCUGAUGGACACAGUGAAAAGAGUGCUGGAUAACAGGAAGAGUCAAACAGAUCAGGGAGAGGAGCAAUUUCUUAACACUCUUGCAGCACUAGAUCGCCAACUAGAAGAGCAGAAGAAGCUUGCCAGGAACCCAUCCAUUCAGAAUGUGGUCCUGAUGCCAGUCAACUCUCCAAAGCCUCCCAAAAGGCCCCGGUUGAAACGUCCAGCUUCAGCCACAGUUCUAAGCCCGUCGGCUCCCAUUCAGCAACCUCAAUUCACCGUCAUCUCACCUAUCACCAUUGCACCCAUGGGACAACAGUUUUCUGUUAGCAACAUUCCAAUGGCCACGAUCAGCCAGGGCUCCAGCCCAGUGACUGUCCACACAUUGCCCUCAGGUUCCCAGCUUUUCCGCUAUGCCACGGUGGUCUCUUCCUCCAAAACCAGCUCAUCCGAUACAGUGACACUUCACCCCUCCUCAAGCUUAGCCCUGCUGAGCUCGGCAGCGAUGCAGGACAGUGGGACUCUUGCUAACGUGGCCACUGUGAUGAAUCCUGUGGAACUGGUGGCCAUGGAGUCUGGCCUGACUUCUAGUAUUCAGGCUAUUGAAGGCACUUCAGAGGAUGGACAGACAAUCAUAGAAAUAGACCCAGCACCUGAUCCAGAAGCUGAUCCUGAAGAAUCAUCGGGGAAAGCUGUGAUUUUGGGGACAGAGUUGAGGACUGAGGAGAAGGUGGUGGCUGAGGUUGAUGAACAUCAGCAUCAGGUCCAUAAUGUAGAGAUUGUAGUCUUGGAGGACUAGUCAGCAAGCCAUCCUGCCAUGCUAAAUGAUUGUUCACCUCUUACCUUUUUGUUUGAUCCCCCUUUUCAGGUAAGUUCACACAAAUGCUGAUGAUCAUUUUUAAGCAGUCAUUUUCUUCAGGGGGAAAGAGCAGGCAGGCUGUGCUUUCCAGUAUGGAUGAUGGUUUGUGGGAAUAGGGAGAGUCAGAAUUUUACCUGCCUAGUGAAAGGGGAAACAAGCCAUUGCUGUUAUCACUCGGUGAGGAGGGAUGGCAGUCUGUAAACCCAGAUUUGAAGUGACCUUUCUUGGAUUGUUUGUCUCAGAAACAAAGUGGAAAUAAUUACUGGAUUAGAAUGACCUUAAAGCAAGAGCUUCUGUCUGGAUCUUUAGCUAUUCUUCACCCUAGGAAGGGAGAUCCCAUGUCAGUUUCUGACUUUCCAAGCAUUUUGCAUUUUGGAAGUGGGGGAAAAACAAAGCACCUGAUUUGAUUGAUCAGGUCACCAACCGUCUUUGGAAUGUAUUAUUGUUGUUUUGUGUGUUUUUUUUUUUUUUUAAAAAAAAAAACAUUUUCCUUAAGCUGUUUGCCCAUUUGUGGCUUCAAAAAUUGGAAUUCUUGGCUCUUCCUUUUUGUAUUUUCUCCAGCAGUUUUUCUUUUCCCUUGGUUGUUACAAGAUUUCUAGGAAUUGCUUAUGCUUUAUGCACAUGAAGGCAGAUACAGGGAGAAACUAGGAACAGAUAUGGCAGACAUAGCGCCCAAUGACCACCUGCUCUCUCAAAUACAGAAUUGACAAUCUGGAUGUUCAAGUAUGAGUUGUCUGUAUACAUAGUGGGAGAAUUGGGCUCAACCAACAGGGCAUGCCUGCAAUUUACUCAGCACUCUGGGAAACCAUACCAUGCUGGCUUAGGUGUGCAUGCGUCUCUGUGUGUGUAUGUUUGAUGUUCAUAAUUUUUUGAAAAAAAUGAUUACAGGAGUCUGGAUGGCACAUCACUUCAGCAAUGUGGCUGUCUGGUCUCCCUUUCUGUUGGGCUGGAUAUGAGUGAGUUGUUUGAGUAUCUUCCGUAUGGGAAGAGUAAGGAGUGAAAAAAGGAUUCCCUUCCUCGCCUUCCUCCUGGCCAUAACACAGUGCUUAUGGUCUCCCUCUCCAUAUAUUAAGAAGUUAAAAUUCAGAGUUGGAAGACUUGAAGAGUAAACCAGUUCAACUGUUUUAAAACAGCAGUUGUUUUUUUUUUAAGAAAAAAUCCCUACAGGAGUUGGGUAUGCCAUUUAUUUUGUUUGGGUUUUCUUUGCAUUAAAAGAUAAGCAAAACAAAAGCC